AUGGCAUUUGCAGCCGACCCAGCAACUACAACCACCACAACUAACACAACCCCAACCACCGCAUCACCCACAUUGGUAUGGGUAACAGGCACCGACGCCAAUGGAAACUUAGUAACCACUCAAUCUCCAUAUACCCAACAAUUCUCAUCUAUGUACACCGCCGUGGCAACUCCACAACUGGGUGAGAUUGGAUUAGGAACCAUUAGUGGUUCAGUGGGGGAGAUUCGGUCAUAUGAAGAGGUUACAGUUUCUCAAGGUGGUGCUGGUGGGUCAUUAAUUAGAAGAGCUAGUGGUGGUGAUGAGAUUGGCGCUAGGGGAUAUCUCUUGACAAGCGUUUUGAGUGGGUCAUUUAUUGCAUUUUUCGGGUUGGCGGUUUUAUUCUUUUGA